AUGUUGUUACUAUGGAGCAUGAAGGAGAGGCACAACUGUAAUUCAAAAUUCAAGAUUUACUUCCGACACGCAACAGAGGAAUUUAAGACAGGGCUCAGCUUUGGAGUUGAUGCAGUCAUGGCUUUGGAUGGAACCUUGCUUUUAGAGAAGAUAAUGCAAGCAAAAGAGGCUACUUGGCAUGCGAUAUACUGUUUUUAUGUGUUUUCGAACUGGCAUUUAUGCUUUGCUUCUUACGAAGGACCGUGGAGGGUGGGAAAGCAUAGCGAUACCAGUGGUCUCAAUUACCCUGAAAAAGUUGGUAGGAUAAAUGGAAAGGAUGCUGCUCUCUUAGUUUUUGUAGCAACGACUAUAGAAGAAGCAACUGAUUUGCAAUAG